UCCACUAACUUCAACAUGAAGACCUUUCAUCAUGUGUUCGUGAUGUGCGUGGUGGCAUUUAUAGCAUGGGAGGCUACUGCAGCAGAGAUAAAGCAGGAAAUGGUUCAAUUUGAGGAAGAAGUUUUGACGUACUGGGACCGAGAAAAAGGUGUGAGUGAAUGGAAGAUUGAAGUGGCUACAGUGGAAUCAGAAUCUGAAUAUGUAUCCAGGCAUACGCUAUACGGAGACAAAAAACUUGCUAUUUUCUACUUCAACCAUAAUAUCGACCCAGUAGAACACGAUGAUCAAACAAACAAGGUUUACGCUGCGAAGGACUUCGCAAGAUUUGGUGUUGAAAACGGAUUGUACCUAAUUGUUCCCAAAAAUAUGCUCACUGAUGAUUUCAGACAAAGAAACAAGAUACGAUCUACGAAUUAUCUCUGGUUUGACUUGGAAGAAAAGUACAUAUACGACGAUGUUACUGACAAACUUACAUACGAAAAAAGAUAUGAUAAUGAAGUCUACCAAGAUAGACGUAUUUACACAUUGUUUCACAAAUACCAGCCGGGCUGCAAGACAAAAAAAGGAGAGGAUUGCCUGGAGGCAAAAAGAAACUACUAUGAGGAUCACUUCAAAUUCAAGUACAACUCGUCGUAUGAUAAGGUCGUUCUGCUCACAGUGCAUGUGGAUGUUGUUCAAGAGGAUUUCCUAAAGGACCUCUGUCCAAAACUUGGAGCGCCGCUAGAGUAUCCUGCAUUGUACCACGAAAGCCUUUUGGGAUUGUACGAAGUAACCGGAAAAUUCAGUGGAACAUUCAGUCACGUGACGACAGAUUAUUCUGCUUCACAAUCGUGCUACUUCAAGAAGAUGGAUUCCUAGACCAAAUGGGACCAGACGAAGAAAAUGCUUGGUAAAAAAACUGCCUAAACGUGCCAGUAAUGAAAUAAAGAAUUUAACUUUUAAA